AUGACUAAACAUUCCAGCUUUAAAGAUUGGCCAUGCCCGUGGAUAAAGCGGAAAAAACUGGCAGCAGCUGGAUUCUAUUACACAGGCAAAAAAGAUAAGGUAAAAUGUUUUGAAUGAAAACUUGAAAUAGGCAAAUGGGAAACAAAUGACAAUCCAAUGGCCGAUCAUCAACGGUGGUCCAGACGAUGUCGAUUUGUUGAAAACUUAUCUUGCGACAACAUAACCAUUGAUGUGGAUUCUAGCACAAUUCCGAAAAAAAUGGAGAAAGCAGACGAGAAGGAUGAUGUUACCGAAAACAUUGAAAUGUUAAAUAAAAACUUGUCGAAACCGAAAUAUUCACGAUUUGACACUUAUAAAGCGAGAAUCAAUACAUUUGAAAUAUGGCCAAAAUCAUCAAAACAAACAAAACAAGAUUUAGCAAAUGCUGGAUUUUAUUACACAAGGAAAGAUGAUCAGACGUUGUGCUACUACUGCGAAGGAGAAUUAGAAGAUUGGAAUCCGGAAGAUGUUCCCUGA